AUGUCCUUCGCCCUGCUCCGCUCGGCGCCCAGCCGCUUCCUCUACCCGGAGAUCAGCAUGCUCUCGGAGGAGGACGAGGAGGAGGAGGAGGAGGAGAACGGCAGCGGCGAGAGCUCCGGCUCGGACGAGAAGCCCUACGCGCUGGAGGCGGGCGCCUACGGGCUCCGGGGCGGGAAGCGCCGGCCGGGCAAGAAGGGCGGCCGCGGCCCCGUGGCCCGGGAGCCCCGGCAGCGCCACACGGCCAACGCGCGGGAGCGCGACCGCACCAACAGCGUCAACACCGCCUUCAGCGCCCUCCGGACGCUCAUCCCCACCGAGCCGGCCGACCGGAAGCUCUCCAAGAUCGAGACGCUGCGCCUGGCCUCCAGCUACAUCGCGCACCUGGGCAACGUGCUCCUGGCCGGCGAGGGCUGCGGGGACGGGCAGCCCUGCCACGCCGGCCCGGCCUUCUUCCACCCCGGCGGCGGCGGCGGAGGCGGCAAAGGCGGCGGCAGUCCGGCCGGCCCGGAGAGCGAAGCCUCCCAGCCCAAGCAGAUCUGCACCUUCUGCCUCAGCAACCAGAGGAAGCUG